CUGUCAUCUGCCUACACCGAGCAAUUUAGGACGCGAAUGGUUUUCGCUGUAACAUUACUAAAUCGAUUAUUCAGUCCCAAGAAGAAUUGUUAGAUUUAAAGCGGAAUAAGUCUCAUUAAUCGCUGCAUUCCUAUUUCUAUAGGGGUCAUUUUGUGACAUUUUUAUUGACCCACCUCGACAUUCUUUCUCUCUCGUUUCAUAUCCAUCAUUUUACUUUUCCUUUCACAUAUCCUUUCGUUUGAAUUUAUUUAAAAGCCACACGACCCAAGUUAUCAUUCUUCAUUUCCUCUACAUUUUCCAAGUUGUGUGUUAACUAAGCUCUUCCACUUUGAUAAAUUUCGUUAACGAAGUUCCGGAAGAAUAUUAGAUCGUCUACAUAUCUUUAUCCAGAAUAAAGAGUUGUAACACGUUUCGUCAAAAGCUUUGCUAAUUAAAAAGAAAGCGACCUUGUGAAUUACGUCGUUCGACUUUUUUUUUUUCAGGUGCAGUGAAAAAAAAAUAUUUUAGCGAAACACUCUGCAACUGAUCUCCUUACCAUUCACACCUUUCUUCCUCCUAUUCCUUCUGGGUAGUUUUUGACGCUUCCCGCUCUUUAAAACCCUUUUUUCUUUUUUUGGUGGGAAAAUUAUCUCGUCGUAACCUCAUCUUAUUAUUCCCCUAUUUUACGUCUUUUGUUUCGUUUUGGUACCUUUUUCUUGGCGCUAUUAUCAAUUUCAUUCUCUUACAUUUUCCUUCGUUUUCUUGUUUAUUCGUUUUUAACUAAGUUUUUUCCUGAAUAACGCUGUUGACUCUACGAACCACUAUUACUAGACAAACUUCCGUUUAUUGUAUUUAUCUUUGGUUAAUUAAUUGUUUUCGAUAAAUUCUUUCUUCCCUUAUUUGUGUCUUUAUAUUUUAUUCCCUGUUUUUUAUCAUUUAUAUCUUUAUUUCCCAUUUUUGACUUUUCUUUUUCCCUAGUUCGUGUCAUGGGUGAAGAGUUUCAAAAUGACUUUGCUUACAGGGUAAAUCCAUUGCUUCAGGAUUCAACCAAUUUACAAACCAACCCUAAUUUUAUCUCCGGUGUUAGCUCUGCUAACCUGAACCCUCGUUUGGGCUCCGUUCAGCCCGCCAUCUCUUCCGGUGUUUCUUCUUCCUUGAACCGUCCAACCUGGCUUCCUUUACAGCAGCAUAUUCAUCAUUUACGUCAUACAAGCCUUUUACCGGCUGUGGAGUCUUCGUUUGUGCAUGGCCAUGGCCAUGGUUCUGGUCACCGUCGAAGUGCUAGUACUGGUAUUAAUGUGAAUACUUCCAUGCCCAAUUCCUCAUUUUCACAUCCCUCCUCCGCAAAUAUCUACCCUCAAGUGACACCAACCUCUUCCUUUUAUCCUUCUAACGUCUUUUCCACACCACCAUCAUCUGCUGAUUCUUUCAAUGCUAGUCCAACCAUCUCCAACAAAUACAAUUUGGCUUCAUCCAACGUCUCUCCCAUUUCACCAAAUGUUGCUAGUAGCCCUCGACGACACGGUAAAAGCCACAGUGUGCACAGUGUCUCUUCACCUCCCAUUUCGUCUUUGCCUCCUUUGUCAUCUCAUGCUUUGUCUUCUGCCCCCAUUAAAAACUCUCCUCUGCCACCUUUGAAUUCCGUUCCUCCCUUAUUACGUCCCCAGCCUCGAAAUUUGGAUGGACGCUGGCGACCCUCGGCUUCUCAGAACAAUAGUCCUACACAUUCUGCCAACCCUUCGUUUUCCGGAAACAUUACAAACCAACCUUCCUCCUCUCUUCGUCCUGAUGGCGGGGGACACCGACAUCGUCGUUCUACUGGAAGCUUAAGUGUGAAUUCCUCAAUGUCCGCUGCGAAUAACUACUCGGUUGGUGGUGGGCCUGGUAACACUCGUAGAAAUUUGUUUUCUCCUUACCUUCCUCAGUCAUCAAUCCCAUCGUUAUUGGCUGAACAUCGUUUAGUAACCGGCGUGCUGAUUGUUAGCAAGAAAAAUCGAUCAGAUGCUUUCGUCCAUGUUAGCGGUUUAGAUGCGGAAGUGUUCAUUUGCGGUUCUAAGGAUAGAAAUCGUGCUUUGGAAGGUGAUGUAGUUGCCGUCGAACUUCUCGAUGUUGAAGAUGUAUGGGCCGGUAAACUCGAAAAAGAAGAAAAUCGCCGUCGCAAGGAUCCUAUUUCCACCAGGGGUUCUUUGGAAAACCUUGGGGCUGACACUGUUCUAUUUGAAGUUCCCCAGCGAUCAGCAAUAAAGGCUCGUGAUGACGAGCAAGUAGAAGGCCAAACGCUAUUUCUGCUUGAUCAAAAGCAAUUAAGUACUGAAGAAAAGCCCAGAUAUGCCGGUCAUGUCGUUGCGGUCUUGCAACGAGCUCCAGGACAAGUAUUUUCUGGCUCUUUGGGCAUUUUACGACCCAGUAGUGCUGCCAACAAAGAAAGACAAGGUUCUACUAAUGCAGGUCAAGGUCCCACAGCGGUCUCUGGAGAGAAACCGAAGAUCGUGUGGUUUAAACCUUCGGAUAAGCGUGUUCCUUUAAUUGCUAUACCAACUGAGCAAGCACCUUCAGACUUUUUAGAAAAUGACCAAAAGUAUGCUGAUUCUCUCUUUUUAGCUUCUAUAAAACGGUGGCCUGUAACGUCCUUACAUCCUUUUGGAAUGCUCGUAGGUGAGCUUGGUCCAAUGAAUUUUAUUGAAUCACAAGUGGCUGCGCUCCUCCAUGAUACUGGUGCUCACACUGAGCCUUGGGAGGGUUCCGCAGCUGCUUCAGCCUCUUCAUCUUUAGAUGCAUUAUCGAAUGAUUUUCUAAAUAAUGCGAAUCGAAAUGAUUAUCGCUCGGAAGAUGUCUUUUUAUUUACUGGUCAUAAUAGCCAUAGCGACCUCGAUGAUGUAGCUAAUUCCUUUGUUUCAUCUGCUUUUCAUAUUCGUCCUACUGGUAAUGGGUAUCACGUUGGUAUUCAUAUCACAGAUGUUUCGCGCGUAAUUGAGCCAGGUUCACCUCUUGAUCGUGAAUUGCAGCGUCGUGGUAAUACAGUGAGUUUAUGUCAACGUACUGUUUCCUUGUUUCCUCCUGCCUUGGGAGAUGCCCUCACAUUAAAAGAAGGUAAAGAUUGCUAUACGGUUUCAUUAUUGUUGGACGUCUCUUCUUCUGGAAAGAUUCGAGGCACUUGGGUAGGCUGGGCGAUCAUCCAUCCUCGAAAAGCAUAUUCUAUCGAAAAGGCGAAUGAGCUUUUAGAAAGUGAUCCCCGUUUGAAAUUAUUCAGCACUGUUAGUUCCCGCAUUCGAGCUCAUCAUCUUGGUACAGAUAUUCCUUUAGAUCGGUAUUGCAAAUUGUUCCGCCGAUGGGAUGAAGAGAAUACCAGUUUCGAUCCCAAACAGACAAAUCUUUUUGCAUCAUCAGCGGUAGAAGUUUUGCGUCAAACUCUACUAGAUGCCGCGAAUCGAGCCGUGGCUAAUCAUUUACGAAGAGAAUUCCGUGACAAUGCAUUUCUGAGAGUACAGAAAAUGCCAAGUCGUGAAAACUGUCGAAUGUUGCAGAGUAUGGCUGUUCAAAUGGGCUGUGUCUUAGAUCUUUCAAGUCCAAAAUCGCUGUUGCGAUCGUUGUGCUUAAUCGAAGAUGAUACAAUCCGUAAUAUACUUCAACUUUAUUACUAUAAGAUUACACCUCGAGCAGUGUAUGAAAUGCCCAAAUAUCGACCCAAUAUAGCUAUGAGUAUGCUGAGCUUGACAUUAGAUGAUGAGACAGACGAUUCGACUCAUUUUACGGAACCACUUGAUAGAUAUGCUGAUUUAAUUGUACAUUAUCAGCUUCAGUUACUAUUACAAGGAGAAAGUGCAUCAGAAAAGCGGUUACGCGUUUGGUCUCAAGCAGCAAACGAUAUAAGUCGUCGACUUGUGAUAAGCAAAUUCGCACAGGAGACUAGCGUCCAUGUCAAAAUCUUUAGUGAAUGGAUGGAAAAGCAUCAACCAUGGCAGGAUGGUGUUGUAUGUUUCAUUGCUCCUUCAUAUUUCGAUGUAUUUUUCCCUGGUUUGGGAAUGGAGAAGCGUGUUCACUUGGAUCUGCUAAAUUUAAUUCACGUUCGUUAUGAAGAGGACCAGGGAGUAUUAUUUUUGUAUAGUGAAGAUGGAGCAGUAAGAGUUGUAAAAUUGCUAUGCCCAGUUCGUGUGAAAUUAUUUACUCAACUUUCAACUCCUCCUUUGAUAAAUGUUGCUAAAGCGGAAUUCAUAUAGUUUGAUGUUUAAGGUAAAUUAUAUACUUAAAAAAGAUACAUCACAGUUUUAAUUCCGAAGUUUGUUGGCUUGAAUUUUUUCACAAAAAUGCAGAUAGAGCUUACGUUCUGUUUGUAUCUUAUUGACAUUCACCAACAUAACUUGCGUGUGUCUAAUAAAUUAUACUGCAUUAAUUUUGCAUCGUCGAAUAUAAUGAUAAUGAAUACUGAAGAACAGAAAAUUACAUUCAUGUAUAUACAUUUCUACCCGAGUUGAAAAUGGGUGCACAAACAAUCGCUUUGCUAUCUUACAACCGCAGGCUGAGUGACUUUUUGCACGAUAUGAGUUAGAAUUUUUCAUCGAAAUUUGGUCAAAGGAAGCUGAAACUCCAAAGUCAUAUAGUCGUGAAAAGUUUAAAAGGACACCCCUACUUAUAUAUACCAGGUUCAAGCUUACAAUACAAGCCUUUCAAGUAAUAUUUAGAGAAACUUGGUUUAUACGCUGCACAAGUCCACUGCUGUGAACAUACGAGACAUUGCACAAGACUUGGUUUUCCAUAAGGUCCGUAGCAUAAUUAAAAUAAAAGUUAUAUAAUUAAUUUGAAUGUUGAUCUUCUACUUCA